AGCAGCAUUGAUGGUGUCCAUUCAAUAAAGCACUUUGGGUUGGAUAAAGGAAGAAACAGAUGAAAGCAGAAGCAUAUGUGCAAGCUCUUUAAUAUUGCAAGAUCGCAAGUAUUUGAUGUUCUCGAGCCAGUGAAUGGGCUUGGAGCAUAACUGCCAAGCAUGAAAGCACUUUGCAGGAAAGACCUCUCUUGUGUUGAAUCAAAGAGAAACCGAUACAUCUCUUUCUGAGGUACAGGCUACCAGUGUAAUAUCAAAGAAAGCAGUAGAAUCGGGGUAUAAUGCUGAGAUUAAAGUUCACUACAGCCAGAACUUUCUCCUAAAUGACAGAAAGUUGAAGCAGAAGUGGUUGUAAUUCUUUCCAAAAUACAACAGCUUCGGAAGAUAUAUAGCAUCAAAAUCAACGUAGUGUAUCGACAUAAUCCUCAAUUAGAAAGUAAACUUACAUCUCUUCUUACUAGAUAACUCUGGUAUUGCCCCAAGAACAAGCUGCAACAAACUCUUGUGUCCCACCAAAUCAGCGGAUAUCUACCACGUCGAUAGUUCUGCGAUGUUAAUAACGGCGACGUUGGCGGUAUCAAUCUCUACUGCAAUUCUGAUUGGGGCCGGCUCGGCAGGGACCUGGUCCAUAUGGUGGUCGACGCACCGCAACCCACCUAACUUGGCGAGCGAAGUGAGCAAACUUGACGAUAGAGUCACGAGUAUAGAAGAUACUCUGAAACAGACAAAAACUGCGGAUCCUCCUGAAGAUGGUCCGGCAACAACUCAGACCGAUCAAGAGACGAGCCACAAUAACAAAAAAGCUUUGGACAUAAAAGCGCACGAUGAUGACGAUGAUAAUAAAGCGGAUAAAUUUAAUACCCAAUCGAACGGCAUACCAUUAGCAGUACGUCAUCGGCCGGCACCCUAGAGAAUGAGAAAUCCAGCAUUUCCAUUGCAUACUCAUGCAGAAGAAGCAAAGGAUGUACAAGAAGCUCCUCUAUGAUUUAUGGGGUUUGUGUCUCGAUAUUUGGGCGUCGUCUUCUGUCCCAGUGACUUUCAGCAGGUUCCUCACUCGACUACGAGCAAAAAGCCACGACAACCGACACACUCUACUGUCCUUUUUUUUCUUUCUUUCUUUUUUAUUCUCAGCAGAGGUAUGCAUGGAGAAAUCAA